AUGGAACUAGGGAAGCCGCGUGGUAUUGUUUGUGCGGUACUAAUGUCAGGCCAGAGAAGGCCAAGACUCCCAACAUUAUUUCAGAGCCGUGUAGCGGACAAUACUCUUGUCACUUGUCAAAAAUGUCUGGAAAAAGGCCACUGGACGUAUCAGUGCACAGGCAAGCGAAAAUAUCUUAAGCGUGAAUCCUACACCGUCAUACUGGGAAAGAAGAUUGAAGCUCAGAAAAAGCCUAAGGUUAAGAAGUCAAGUAGUGGAACGUCAUCAUCAGAAUCAAGCUCUAGUUCUUCCGGUGAAUCAUCAACUUCAAGUUCUUCUUCUGAAUCUGGUGAAGAAGACUCCAGUUCGGAAAGUAACUCCAGCAGUGACGAAAGCUCUAGUGACAGUUCUUCAUCGGGUGCUUCUUCAAGCAGUGAAGAAAGUCGUUCUUCUAAUUCUCCAAAAAGUUCGAAACAGAAAAACAGGUCUUAG